AUGGUUAUCCGAUUUAUACUUCGCCGUGAACAUAGUAGAAAACAUGUAUAUUUCUUGUUGUUGUUGACCAUUCUUGCAGUAAAUGUGAUCAAACAAAAAAGACAAGCUUCGUUAAGCAAAUCAAAUAAAAAACGCUUGAGCGAAUUUCAAGUAGAAACAACUAGGAAUAAAAAGCGUAUGAAACUAUUGUAUUGGUCUACGGUGUUUGGUAAUCCAGUACGAGUCAACGAUUUAAGUAAACUACCGUAUUUCCAUGUAAAUGAUCAAUGUAGUUCUCUUUGUGAACUGACUGUAAACAGAUCUCAAGCAGUGGAAGUUGAUGCAAUUAUUAUUCACGCUAGAGAUACAAGUCCAUUUCCACCAGAUAAAUUUUCCCACAUUCCUUUUAUCCUUCAUACAAACGAAAAUCCAGUUUAUACUGAUUUAUUAAAGAAUCCGUUAUUUCUUUCUCACUUUAAAUAUCUCAUCAGCUACAGACUUGACGCUGAUUUCCCCAUGUCGCUAUUCAGAAAACCAGAUUUAACCACUCCUCUUCCUUUCAAAGAAAAAUCUAAACUAGUGUUUGCAGCGUUCUCACAUUGUGAAGAAGUCCGCACUGCGUACCUCGCAGAAUUAAUGAAGUUCAUCCCAGUGGAUUCUUACGGUGCUUGUUUACGAAAUAAGAAUGGUUUACCACAACGAUAUACAAAAGAUUUUAAACGCAGGAAAACAGAAUUAUCCAAGUACUAUAAGUUUACUCUGGUAUUUAUGAACGCUGAUUGUGACUACUUUGUAGAUGAUCAAUUAACGCACGCUUUAAACUCAGGAUCCGUGCCUGUGUUUAUGGGAACUGAGAAAAUAGACAUGCUUUUACCUGGUAAUCUUAAUACAUCCGUUAUCAAAGUAAGGGAUUUUAAAACACCAAGGGAUCUUGCAAUGCAUCUAGUAUAUCUAAGUAGAAACGAACGAGAAUAUAAUAUAUAUUUAAGAUGGAAAUACGAAGGGUUUAAAUUUCCUGCUACUUACAACGCAACAUCGAUUCUUCAUCAAUGGGAAUCUUCCAACACAGUAUAUUGCAAGGUUUGUAAACAAUUACUUCACGGUAAUCUUCCAACAAAGUCUUCACUUAAACCUGAUUGGUGCAACAAACGUAGAAUAGCAGAAUGGCUUGGGAAAAUCAAGGAGGUGAGGAGAAAAAAUAUGGUAUGA